CACUGCAGUCGAAUUUAGUCGUCUGCACUGAGACCCAUGUAUCAGUAGUUAUCACAAUUUGUUUAUUCUGGUAAUUCUAUUUAGAGCAAUGAAGCAGUGAGAAGUGUGUUGGGCGCUCUGAAAGCUCGAAGAUAAGUUUACAUUCCAAUGAUCAGCUGAUUGGUAACAAAAAUCGAAUAUUUUAUUUUUGUCGUAAUUUGAAUACAAGUGUCAAUUUUCUUUUUCAAAUCCUUACAGUUACAACUGUCAAAUCUCCAAAACAAGCUUGUCUUAAUGAUGGCAGAAGUGAAAAGCAAAACUGCUGCAGAACCAAAGACCGAUUUUAAGUGCAAAAUUUGUCAAAUGACAUUUUCCGAUAUUUAUGCUUACACAGAUCAUCUAGAAAGUAAACAACAUGUAAAAGGUAUCAUGAAGCAAAAGUAUGGUCAAAAAUAUUUAGAAGCGAAAGAAAUGCUCGAAGAGAAACACUCUAAGAAUAAUAUCGAAUCUAGUGAAAAUGGCAGCAUUGAAGAAAAGACAAAUACACAUGAAAGUGAAAAAGAUGACGAUAGUGAUACUGAUGAAGAUGACGUUUACACAUGCGAUGUGUGUGAAAAAAUUUGCACUGGUUUAAUUAACUACAAACUUCAUUUAUCAGGAAACAAACAUUUAAAAAAGUUGAAACAAAUUAAAACUAUGAAAGAACUGAAAGAGAAACAAAUGAUUCCUAAUGGCUAUAAAGCACCAGAUACAGAUUUGCUCAGUCAAAUUAUGUCUAAAAAUGUGUAUGCUUCAUCAGAUCUCAUGUGCGAAAUAUGUAAUGUUAAGUGUACUGGGCCUGAAGUGUUUAAACAGCAUUGCAAAGGGGAAGCUCACAAAAAGAAAGAAGUUAAGCUCCGUUUAAAAAAAGAAAUGGAAGCUGACGGGAUGCCUGCGAACACGUCAAGAGAAGAUUUUGAAGACACGUAUAGCUGCGAUGUGUGCAGUAAAGCUUUUACUGGUAUUUUACCGUACAAACAACAUUUAGAAAGCACCACUCAUCUUAAACAAAAGCGCAAAAACCAAAGUCUUGAAAAGGUAAAGGAUCUUUGUAUUACGUCGUCUAGUAAUGCUAAAUUGCGUUGUAAAGAAUGUAAUAAAACUUUUACUGGACCUGCUCCUUUUGAAGACCAUCUGAAAAGUUCUUCACAUGGGAAACUGAAAAAGAAGAAGAACUUAUACGAGGAACUUGAAAAAAAUUACCCCGAGAUGUUGAAAACUUCAAUUCGAGAUGAUAGUGAAAGUGAAGAUAGUGAUGGUGAAAUAGUAAAGCCGGCAUGUGGUAUUUGCAAUAUGAUAUUCAGUGGUCCUGAAGUAGCUUUGGAGCAUUUUUCGAGUGAGAAACAUACAAAAGCUCUGAAGAAGAAGAAAAGAAUUGAUAAAAAUAAGCGUGAUAAAAAAGCACAGAAUAGUGUAAAAGAAACUUCUGUAAGGGAAAAUAAAGAGAAGCUAAAAAGAAGAAAUGUUAAUGAAGAAGAAUGUAGUUCCGAUGACAGUUUUGAAAGAAUAUCUCCGUGAAGUAUUGAUGGUUGGUAAUUACACGCUGGAUGCUUUUCCUCUAAUUGUGUUCAAAGAAAACUACAAAUACUAUUAAAGGAAUUUUCUAUGGACUUUUUAAUAUGUAUUGAAUGCAAUGUAUUGGUUUGUGCGGAAAGUAAUUUCGCUUUUUUUCUUCACUUUUCGCUUUUUUUUCUUCUAGUAAAUAAAUAUUUUUUUGAAUUAUAUGUAGCUAAUUUGGAUCCAAUACCUUCUGCCAUCUUUCUGGUAGUAGCAUGACUCCACAUUUUUACACUCAUUUUUUUUUCUUUUUUGUUGGAAAAAAACUUAUUUCGUGAUUUUUCUACUUCCUUAUUUGAAAUAAAGAUUUUACAGUCUAAACAUUUUUGCAGAGACUAGAACAAAGAUUGUAGACAGCCCAUUUCUCAUUCCCAGUGAUAUUGAGCUUAAAAAGGUUAUUUUCUUGACGUUUGAGAAGCAAAUCACAGACGUCAACGCUAUGGCACUAAUUUCUUUCUUUAAGAAAAAGAACAAACCAUGACGAGCUAUUAGAUAAAACCUAAGCGUUUCAAAUGGUCAUGAACGGUUAAAUUCGAUACAUUUAAUUUUUCUUUGAUCUGAAGGGUAAUUUACCGGUUUGUACCAACUAAUGCUUUUAUUGCUCGUUUACCAGCUUUAACUCGCCUUCCAAAAUGUGAUGCAUCUUCAACAUCAAAAUUGUCAGAUCGACAUUUUGCAAAGCGAUUUUGGCACUGGCGUAUUGCCAAUACAUCUUCUCCAUAAACAUCGGAUUUUUUACCAUUUUCAUAUUCCAUAUUUGAAAGGGCACUAACUUAAAACUAAAGAACUUUUUCACAAGCAAGCUACAUCAGCUGUAAAAGUAUAUAAUGAUUAUGCGGAUGAAGUGUGAAAUUGGCUGUAAAAAAGUACAAUUGAAUCCUUUUCACAAAAAAACGAAAUUUCUUUCCAAACAACCCAAUACGAAAUAUUAUAGUGUCAAUUAAGAGUUUAGAGUCAUAAAUGUAUAUUUGGCUCACAUGUGUUUAUCUCAUGUUUUUGUUCUGAUGCAAAUGACGUCUUUUCAUUAUGAUUUUUUAUAAUGCUUAUUAUGUAUAACCUUCAUGUUAAUCUUGUAAAAUUGUAAACUGUUAUCAUCUUAAUAAAUAUUUUCACUAGAAA